CCUUCUGGUCUCCAGGUCACCAGCCCAAGAUGCUCAGUGUUGGGGGAAGGAGUGAAGGCAUGAUUGGCGGCUGCCUUCACGUCACCCAGGAGCCCCUUCUUGUCUUCUGCCCCAGACGCUCACACAGACCCUAAAGAACCCGACAUCUUGCGGGACCGACCACCCGAGGGUCUAGGACGCCCAGAAGCCCUCCGUCUCAGAGAUGCUGCCGCUGCUGCUGUCCCUGCUGUGGGCAGGGUCCCUGGCUUGGGACAGCAGAUACCAGCUGGAAGUGCAGGAGUCUGUGACGGUGCAGGAGGGCCUGUGUGUCCGCGUGCCGUGCUUCUUCCACCAUCCCCUGGCCUACUGGGACUACUCUGUCCCAGCUUUCGGCUACUGGUUCCAGGAAGGGGCCAGAAUCGACCAGGAUCGUCCAGUGGCCACAAACAAACCAGGUCGUGCGGUGCUGACGAACACCCAGGGCCGAUUCCACCUCCUUGGAGACCCCCGGACCUACAACUGCUCCCUGGACAUCAGAGAUGCACGGCAGGGAGACACGGGGACAUACUUCUUUAGGGUGGAGAGAGGGCCUACUGUGAGAUAUAGUUAUUUAGAGAACAAGCUCCACCUGCAUGUAACAGCUCUGACACAGACACCCGACAUCCACGUCCAGGGGACCUUAGAAUCUGGCUUCCCCAGGAAUAUCACCUGUGCAGUGCCAUGGGCCUGUGAGAGGGGGACACCCCACACCUUCUCCUGGACCGGGGUUGCCCUCCCUUCCCUGCACCCCAAGGGCCCCCACUCCUCGGUGCUCACCCUCACCCUGGGGCCCCAGGACCAUGGCACCAACCUCACCUGUCGAGUGAACUUCCCCGGAGCUGGCGUGAGCACAGACAGAACCAUCAGGCUCAACGUGUCCUAUGCACCCCAGAAGCCGACCAUCAGAGUGUUCCGGAAAGAAGACACAGCUCUGGAGGCUGGGACGUCUGAGCUCAAAGGGCCGGCUGAUCGGGUUCCUGGACCUGAAAGUCUGGGCCAAAGCCUAUCUCUCCCAGUCCAGGAGGGCCAGUUCCUACGCCUGGACUGUGUUGCCGACAGCAACCCUCCUGCCAGGAUGAGCUGGAUCCGGGGGAGCCUGACCCUGAGCCCCUCCAAUUGCUCGAACCCUGGGGUCCUGGAGCUGCCCCGGGUGGAACUGGAGGACCAUGGGAAAUAUGUCUGCCGAGCUCAGCAUCCGUUGGGCUCCAAGGAAGCAUCUCUGAGCCUCGUUGUGAAAAACCCCCCGCAGCUGCUGGGACCCUCCUGCUCCCAGGAGGAGGAGGGUCUGCACUGCGACUGUUCCUCCCGAGCCCAGCCGGCCCCCUCCCUGCGCUGGCGGCUGGGGGAGGGGCUGCUGGAGGGGAAUUUCAGCAACGCCUCCUUCAAGGUCACCUCCAGCUCGGCUGGGCCCUGGGUCAACAGCUCCCUGUGCCUCCGCGAGGGGCUCAGCUCUGGCCUCCGACUCAGCUGCGAGGCCCAGAACGGCCACGGGAAACAGAGCGCCACUGUCCUGCUGCUGCCAGGGAGGCCAGCACCCAGGACCGGUGUGGUUUGGGGGGCCGUCGGGGGAUCCGGCGUCACAGCCCUGCUAGCUCUCUGCCUCUGCCUCAUCUUCUUUGUAGUGAAGAUCUACAGGAAGAAAUCAGCGGAGAAGGCAUCAGGCAGAGAUGGCGUCCGUCCCGCAUUGACUUCCAUCUCUCUGGGUCACCUCAAUGAAUCCUGUUCAGACAGCCCCUCGGACUACCAGACCCCAGCUCCGGCCACCUCCACCCCAGGGAAGGAGCAGGAGCUCCAUUACGCCACCCUCAACUUCCAGAGGCUGAGGACCCACAACUUUCAGGACCAGGACACCACUGAGUACUCAGAGAUCAAGAUCCAGAAAUGAUGCCCCCGCCCCCAACCCCAGAACCAGGCUGGAGCCCAGAAAACGCAUCUCUGAAGAAAAUGUGUGCCAGGCACCGAUUCUUGAAGACUUGGCUGCCCUCUGAGCCAGAGCUUAUAAAUGAGAAGGUGAAGCUUCUCGGAGCGGCUAAAGGGCACAGAGAGUCCUAGGUUCAAAUCCAGACCCUGGCAACCCUAAGGGUGUUAUAUCAGGCAAAUCACUUUACCUCUCUGUGCUUCAGUUUCCUUCUCUGUAAAAUGGGGAUAAUAUCCAUUAGGUACAUUGUUAAGUGGGAAAAAUGCACUUUGGGAGUUGCUAACUACAUUGUUAUGUGUUAAGUUAACCUCAGCAUGGAGGGAGAUGUCAGCUCUACCACAUAUUUCUGUUUUGCCUGACUGUUUUUAAGAACAUGAAUUAUUUUUUGUUUGUUUGUUUUUCCGGGAGGGAGGAGAUAAAACAUGUAUUAUUUUUUUUAAGUAAAUCUAAAUUUACCUCUCUGGAUGGAGACGAUAUUUCCCAAUACAUGUAUCUAACAAAGGACGCCCAGGAUAUAUAAUGAAUAUUUUUUUUAAUAAUAAAUAAUUUAAAAAU